AUGACCGCAUGGUCUGAAGCACCAGGGCGCGGCAUCCUUGAGCCAACCACCAAGGGCAGCGCGUCGUGUCCACGCUGCGGCGAUACCUUGCUCAGCGACUCGCGCUUUUGCCGCUGCUGUGGACAUGCCCUGGGCACUGAUCUGGGUGCGCCGUACACAGAGGACUCGAACUCGGCGACGGAUGGCUUGCAGUUCCUGUGCUCGAAGUACUCUGCUCUCAUCACCCGGCUUCGAGAGGAGGUCCUCGCACAUCAACAGGCCCAAGCCGAGUGCCGACGCUUGGAGCGGCGACUUCGCGAGGAGUCGCAAUCCUGGGCGCAGGAGAAGGAGCAGUUGAUGCUGGACCUUCAGCGCCUCCGUGUAGAGGUUGACAGCCUCAAUCGGCUGGCAGAGAGGCAGCGUGCAGAUGCUCCGUGCAAGCCAGCGAGGGAACAUGGGGCCAAAGAGCUUCAUCCUCAGCCCGUCAAGCCUGCAGAGGCUGACACGAACGCGUGGCAUCAAUACGAGGCGCAACAGAAACAGCACCAGCAGAUGAUGUCGCUCCUCAACGAGCACAGUCAGUUGCAGGUCGAGACCCGCGAUGCACAAGAUGAGUUGACCGCUUGCAGAGAUCACUUGGCACGCUGGCGCCGCAAGGCCACCGACCUGGAGACUCAGAAGAUGACCGCGGAGCGGCACCGCGAGGACGCCGAGAAGAAGGUGCCGAGGGGGCCGAGACGAGCUACGUCAGGCACUGCGGAGCGCCUCCCUGGCGAAGAGCCGACAGAAGGAAGCCGAGCGCGUGGCCAAGCAGGAGGAGUCACAAGCCAAAGACCUUGA